AUGAGAGGGAUCUAUCGAGGCCAAUUCUGCCUAUUCUCAGCAUCUGCUCAGUCAUCGUCAUUAGCGCUAUACUCGGAUCAUUAUGCACCUCUCCGAUAUAAACAGGAAACAGCAUCGGUUUAUUUCUUUUGCCAUAUCAGUUGUCGUUGUUUUGUGGUUUAUUUGUUGUAUUUCACUUUAUUGGAACUCACCUGUCUAUCAGGUUCAAUGCCAUUUAUUACUUUCUAUAUUCAAUCGUAUGUCGUUCAACAGCUAUGUUGCGCAUCAUUAGCAUUAAUAAUGGCAAUAGUUCAAAGUGUUCUACAAAAAAGGUCCACUCGAAUUAUAAAUAUCACCAUUGUUGUAAUGAAUUCCUGCCAACUGGCACAAGAAUUAGCUCAUGCAUGGAGUACUUAUUAUGUGUGCAUUUAUAUGAAAUCUGUUGCUGUACACGUUGAUAGUAAUCUUCUUUUUGACCAGGUCAUGAUUUCGAUUACGUUGCUAAUCCAUGGCUGUCGCCUAAUUCUAUGUGCACUCGUAACUGCUUCACUUUCGGGCUACGCGUUCGAAGAGGAGAUGUUAAAACGAAUUAUAUUUCAGCCGGAUCCAGAUCGGCUUGUCUCCGUCGCUCAGGCAGCCCAGGCAUCGCGACAUGAUGAGCUGUGCUCUUUAUUUUUGUUUCUGGAAUCAGUUAUCCUGGCUUUAGCUUAUAUUGCACUUGAUAUUUCCUAUUUCACACUAAAUAUAACCCGUCGAACUUUAACUGCAAGCACAGGCAUUUCAUUAUUUUAUGCCCUUUUUCUUGCGCUUUCAUUUCAUAUUUAUAGAAGGGAUCACAUUACAAUAGCCUUGAAAGUAGGUUGUGUAUUUGCGAUCAUUCUUUUAAACUGUUCGUUACACACUAUUUAUAUGUUUGGUGAAGAAUUUCUCAUUGGAACACUAAACAUAAAAUUAUUCAGUGUGGAUUUGAUAAUCGCUGUUUAUUCAACUUUCAUCGCGAUUCAUUGCCUUCGUUUUAAUACGCGAACUAUUUUGACUCAUACGGUACUCCAAAGUCAACCUUCAUGCAUAUCCGCACUUUUAAAAAUGCUUAAUCAUUUAGCCACUAUCAAUUUUCUAACAUUAACACUCGAAUUCUCAUUGAUACUUAUUAUGAAAGUAGGCUGGAAAAUGAACGAUCCUUCAAUUAACUUUGGUAUUCACGAUUGGAUAAGUGUUCUAUCAACUUUUGUCCUACAAAAAUGGGUUUGCUUAUACGAACGAUAUCAAAGUUGCCUUCUGAUUCUCAUUUUACAACUGGUAGUUGAAUGUAUCACAACUUUAUCAUUUCUCUCAGCCCAAACAAACUAUAUACAAUUAAUGAUAUCGUUGGCUCGGUCAAACGCAAAUAUCAAUAGGCUCCGUCAACUUUUACCUGUCGACCACAUCAUCAUUAUACUCGUAUACACUGAUCAUAGUUUGCAAGUAUUACAAUGGGCGAUUUCUUUGUGUUCGCUAGGAUUUUCGCUUAUUGUUCUCAACGAAAUCGUCGUUGACAAAAAUGAAACAAAUGGCGAUUUGCACCCCACUGUGGCGGUAACAAAUGAACCGCACAUGGCACCGAAAAAUGAACCUAUUUCAAUAAACGGUUUAAAUGGUUUUAACAACAAUGCUUUUGAAGACGAUACAAUUCAGAUUGUUGAAAUUGAACCUUCAGGAUUAACGACGAAUACUGAGAACGUUGCCUAA